UAUAUAUAUAGGAGUACAUAAUAAAUCACAUUAGGUGUAAUAGAAUUGAACAUAUUGACAUAUAAAUACAUUUUAUUUAUGAUGAAUUGAUGAAAUACUUUAUAGGAGAUAAGGAAAUAAGCAAAGUUUGUAAAUCUUAAAUACAAAACCAAAGGAAUAUAAGGACUAGAUAAUUUUUAUAAGAAUUUAAGCUUAUAAAAAUUUCUUUGUUUUCCCACCAAAGGAAGUGCUCAUCAUCAUAUUUGGGUAUGGUGUUAAUGCCUUAGAAUUUUGGCAAAUGUCUAAAGAGAUUGCACCCUAGUAGUAGUAGUUGUUGUGUUUGGGGAUUUCAAUGUUGUUGUAGCCGUAAGCGAGGGAGUAAAUUGUCUUUCUAACCACCUCAUAUGAGAGCUAGAGCAUUUUGAUAGAAGAAGCAAAAUAACUAGAUAUAAUGGCUCCACUGAUGAAUCUGGUAAGGCUGAGAGGGUUUCCAAUUUUGCAGCAAUUGCAUUUAGAGGAACGCAUGCUGAGAACCAGCUCAUCUAAUUGGUGCAUUAUUAAUGAUGGAACCACUUCCCCUACAGUUGUAAUGGGCUUGUCUGGGAAAGUACCAGAACUUGUUGAGGCUAAGUCCGUGUUGCGAGAUCAUAUACCUGUCAUAAGAAGGUUUACUGGGGGAGGAACUGUAAUUGUUGAUCAAGGAACUAUAUUUGUUACUCUGAUAUGCAAUAAAGACGAUGUUUCAGAUGUGCAACCCUUUCCUCGCCCCAUCAUGUCGUGGAGUGGUCAACUUUACGAUCAAGUUUUCAAAGGGCUCGCUGAUUUUCAUCUUCGUGAGAAUGACUAUGUAUUUGGUGAUCGCAAAUUUGGUGGUAAUGCUCAAUCCAUAACCAAACAUCGGUGGGUACACCAUACAUCUUUUUUAUGGGAUUAUGAAGUCAAGAACAUGUCUUAUCUCAAGUUGCCAGCAAAGGCUCCAAAAUAUCGAUUAACUAGAGAUCACACAGAUUUUGUUUGUAGUAUGAAGGAGUAUUUGCCAAGAUCAGAAUUUGUAGAGAGAACUAUCAAGGCAAUAGGAGCCCAGUUUUCUGUGAAAUCCAUUAACUUGGAGUCCACGGAAAUUCCUUCUUCCUCUCAAUUUGUUCAUACCACUAGGCUUCUUACAGAGCAGGAACUUCUUGAUGCUUGCACAAUUCAAACUUGAAAAUGAAGUUACAAAUUGCUAGUAUGGAUCUUGCUUUUCCCAAGUUGAGUGAUGAUGAAAUUUGAGUGUUACUUUCUGAUAUUGUUGUCUAUUUAUUUCCAUUUUUUCUUUUGUCCUAGAUUUUAUUAUUAUUAUUCUGCAAAAUUCUAUCCAUGUUCUGUUUCUUGUUGAAAUAUUGAUAUACAUUUCUUGCUUUCCUUUA